CGCGGGGUACAAGAGGGUGGCGCGGCGCGAGCGCGCCAGAGGCCGGCAGCCCCGAGGCGGCGGCGCAGCACUCCAGCCAUGUCGCGCGGCCUCCAGCUCCUGCUCCUGAACUGCGCCUGCAUCCUGGCGCUCGCGACGCAGGACGUGAAGGUGGCUUGUUCCCAGACUGUGGACCUGCCCUGCACCGCCCCCCGGGACCCUCAGGUCUCUUACACUGUCUCCUGGGCCAAGCUCACGGAGGGUGGCGAGGAGAGACUGGAAGUCCCCCAGGAAGGCCUGCACCUCAGUGGGCUGCGCUAUCAUCACAAGGGGCAAAAUGGCUCUUUUGAGGACCCCAGGAAAAACCACUAUUCUCUGAAGAUCCAAAACACUACCAUCUGCAGCUCUGGGACAUACAGGUGCACCUUGCAGGAGCUUGGAGGGCAGAGAAACUUCAGUGCCAUGGUGACUUUGAAAGUGACAGGAUGCCCCCAGGGACCUAAAGAAACAACUUUUAAGAAGUAUAGAGCUGAGAUUGUACUGCUCUCCUCUCUGGUCAUUUUCUACUUAACACUCAUCAUUUUCACUUGUAAAUUUGCACGACUACAGAGUAUUUUCCCAGAUUUUUCUAAACCUGGCGCAGAACAAGCUUUUCUUCCAGUCACUUCCCCAAAUAAACAUUUGGGGCCAGUGACUCUUCCCAAGAUAGAAACGGUGUGAGCAGGAUUUCUGCUGUAUUUUGCUAAAGUCGAGGGGCUCAGUGGUGCCCGGAUACCACCCUGAACAGCAGCCCCACACUGAAGAUGACAUCUUCCUGUGACAUCCUCAUUCAGCUGAAAACACUUGAGAGUGGAUCUUGCCCCGGUUUCUGCCAGCAGGGUCUGGAAAACCAUUUCAGAUCACAUUGCAUGGGGCCAUCACUAACUCUUCAUGGCUUCAGGCUUCGUACGUUAUGCAGAUAUCUGGUCAACCUCCUGGACACUUUUUUUGUCAUUAAAAGCUAUGGGGAGAUGAGUUGGAAGGGGGUUCUGGAAAAUGUGGAUGCCCAGAGCUGGACUUAUGACAGACUCCUGAGGACAGCUGUCCUCUUCCACAUCUUGAAAAAAUCACUUUGAAUUUGCUGUGUGUUGUUGCACUCACUCAGAUGUCUGACAUCUGGGAGAAAUUGACAGGCCAAGC